AUGGCGUCGGCAUCUGCCAGUGUGGACUCCAAGGCAGAGCUGACUGCGCUUUUGGAACAGUGGGAAAGGGAACAACAAGGCAGUACACAGGAACUAGUAAACAUCCUCACCAAAAUAUCUGAGCUUGUCGAGAAGGAGACUGAGGAGUACCGCAAAGCGGAUCCAGACCCUUUUGAUGAUCGACAUCCUGGGAGAGCUGAUCCAGAAUGUGUAUUAGGGCAUUUGCUCAAGAUCCUCUUCAAGAAUGAUGAAUUCAUGAAUACAUUGGUGAAUAGUUAUGUGAUGGCCAGUAGAGAAAUUAGCCUCAAUGCAGAAGCUUGUCGCCUCCUUCAGAACAUCAUGCCUGGCCUGGAGACUGCCGUUGUCUUUCAGGAAAAGGAGGGGCUAGUUGAAAGGUUGUUCAAGUGGGCUCAGGAGGCCGAGCAGCCUCUCAGAAUCUAUGCCACUGGCUUGUUGGCAGGUGCCAUGGAGAACCAGGACAUUGCUGCCAACUACAGAGAAGAAAACUCUAUUUUGGUGCCAUUGAUGCUGCAUCGCCUUCGUGAACUUCAAGAUAAAGAUGUUGAAAACAAAAGAGAAAUUAAACGUCCUAGUCCCAGAAAAGCUCUGAACGAACCGUUGCUGCCUUUGGAUGAAGAGGCUGUUGAUGGAGGCUUUGAGAAGCCAUUUUCCCUCGGCCACAAUGGGUCUGAAACACAAGGACUGGAAUCUGAGGAGGAUAGUGAAAUUACCCUGUCCGCCUUGGAGUCUGAAAAUGAGCUUCCGUUUCACCUUAACAACCCUCACAAGACCAACAACUGUGCCACCUCGGCUGUUAAAAGCAUGAUGAAGCCCAUGUCUGCCUCGGGGUCACUUCUGCACCUUGGUACCUCGGAUGGUAGUAGUUACCUAAAAAGAAAAGCAGAAAAAGAGUAUGGCAGGACCUCAAAACUCAAGUUGAAUUUCUCCAUGCCUGAAGUAGAGAGGAAUAUAAGUGAGCUUUCCAACAGUAGCUGGUCUGAGAUGAGCCCAUGGGUGAUUGGUAACAACUACCGCUUAUCCCCCCUGACUCCUGAAAUCGAGCAGAGGCUCAUUUUGCAGUAUCUCACUCCCCUGGGAGAAUAUCAGGAGAUGUUGGCGGUGUUCAUGCAGAUGGGAGCCCGUGAGCUUCUGAUGCACUAUACUGAUUUAAAGCAGACCAACGAUGUACAGCUCACAUUUGAGGCUCUCAAGUAUUUGGCUUCUCUGCUGCUUCACAAAAAGUUUGCUGCGGAGUUUGUCGCACACGGAGGUGUUCAGAAAUUGCUGGAAAUUCCAAGGCCCUCUAUGGCUGCUACUGGGGUGUCUCUCUGCCUCUACUACCUUGCCUAUAACCAGGAUGCUAUGGAGCGGGUAUGCAUGCUGCCUCACUCUGUCUUGUCAGAUGUGGUUGGCUACACACUGUGGCUGCUGGAAUGUUCGCAUGCAUCCGGCUGCUGCCACGCAACCAUGUUCUUCUCCAUUUCCUUCUCUUUCCGUGCUGUGCUGGAGCUCUUUGACAAGCAGGACGGGCUUCGACGCCUCGUCAAUCUGAUUAGCACAUUGGAGAUACUGAACCCUGAUGACCAGGGAGCGCUUCUCAGUGAUGAUGAGAUUUUUUCCAGCAGGCAGACAGCCAAGCACACUUGCAUGGCGCUGCGCAGGUACUUUGAUGCUCACCUGGCCAUCAAGGUUGAGCAGGUAAAGCAGUCACUGCAACGCACAGAGGGAGGUGCUCCUAUUCACUCACAGCCCCACUACAAGGCAGUCAGUUACAGCCGUGAGCAGGUAGUGGAAAUGAUGGAGUUCCUCAUCGAGCGUGGCCCUCUUCGUUUAUAUUGGGAACCAGCAGAAGUCUUCCAUAAACUCUCUUGUAUCCAACUGCUCUUGCAACUCAUUUCUAUCGCGUGUGAUUGGAGGACCUACUAUGGCAGGAGUGACACUGUACGUUACGCACUUGACAUCCUGAGUAUUCUCACGGUAGUACCGAAGACUCAGAUGUUAUUAUCUGAGACGGUUACUGUUGUCAGUGAGGGCGGGUCUACUAUAUCUAGUGCUGGAAUGAACAUUGUCCUGUCAGUAGCAGAGGGAGAAGUGUUUGUGAAUGAUGCGGAGAUCCAGAAGUCUGCCCUGCAGGUUGUCAUUAACUGUGUCUGUGCUCCUGACAAACGCAUGUCCAGCAUUGGCAAGUUUAUUGCGGGCACUCCGCGUCGUCGCCUCCCCCAGAUGACCAAAGCGAGUGAGAAUGUGCUCACAAAAAUGUGGAAUGUAGUGCAGUCCAACAAUGGCAUUAAGGUGCUGCUGUCCCUACUGACGGUCAAGAUGCCAAUUACAGAUGCAGAUCAGAUCCGAGCUCUUGCCUGCAAAGCUCUGGUCGGUCUGUCUCGGUCCACUUCUGUCAGACAGAUCAUCAGUAAGCUACCGUUGUUCAGCAGCGGACACAUCCAGCAGCUCAUGAAGGAGCCUGUGCUCCAGGACAAACGCAGCGAGCAUGUCAAGUUUUGCAAGUUUGCGGCUGAGCUCAUGGAAAGAAUAUCAGGGAAACCCUUGCUGAUAGGUACUGAUGUAUCCCUCGCUUGGCUGCAAAGAGCAAGUGUGGUCGCUCAGUCGAGGAUCACCUUUCCAGAGAAAGAGCUGCUGCUACUUAUUAGGAACCAUCUUGUAGCCAAAGGCCUUCAAGACACGGCGACGGCUCUCACCAAAGAGGCAGAUCUCCCGAUGGCGUGUGUCUCUCAUUCAUCACUUUCUGCCUCUCCUUUUGUUGCUGUAACCCCCACUACCGCCGCCAUCACCACUCUACCUCGCACCCCACGACUGGCCAAUGGUGUGGGGUCAAGACUCAGCAACCAUCCCUCUCACUUACCAACUCAGUCACCCGGCCAUUUACAAGCACGCCCCUCAACAUCGCAACCUGUCGCACCCUCCACAACUGCUUUAGCCUCAACAUCUGUGCCUCACUGCAGCAACGGCUCUCCUCUGAUCGGACGAAUCGUUUUCUCUCGCGAGCGGCACACAUCGUGCAAUGUGAUGAGCUGCAAGAAAACUCGAGUUCUGAGGCAGAAGUCAGACCACGGCGCCUUCAGCCAAACACCAGCCAUAAAAAAACAGUUUGACAGGCACAUGCCCUCGCCACCUGCAUUAGACAGUAUCAUCACUGAGUACCUGCGGGAACAGCACGCGCGCUGUAAAAACCCAGUCGCAACCUGCCCGCCUUUUUCUCUCUUCACCCCUCAUCAGUGUCCUGAGCCCAAACAGAGACGACAAGCACCUAUUAACUUCACGUCCCGACACACAAGGAGGGUCAUCUACCCGAAAUACGGAGGAGUCGAUGGAGGAUGCUUUGACAGACACCUCAUUUUCAGCAGGUUUCGUCCAAUCUCUGUAUUUAGAGAAGCUGAUGAAGACGAGAGUGGAUUCAUGUGCUGUGCCUUCUCAGCUCGAGAGCGUUUCCUGAUGCUUGGAACCUGCACGGGCCAACUGAAACUCUACAAUGUUUUUACAGGCCAGGAGGAAGCCAGCUACAGUUGUCACAGCUCAGCCAUAACUCACCUCGAGCCCUCUCGGGAUGGCUCCCUAAUUUUAACAUCCGCCUCUUGGAAUUUCCCAACAUCUUCACUCUGGGGAAUGAAGUCUGUAUUCAUCAUGAAGCAUUCUUUUAUGGGUGACCAUUAUGUGGAGUUCAGCAAGCUGUCACAAGAUCGUGUCAUUGGGACUGAGGAGCAGCUAGCGCGUAUUUACGACAUCCAGACAGGGCAGGUGACACUGACUCUAAACAACCCAGACCUCGCUAAUAACUACAAGAGGAACUGUGCUACCUUCAACCCUACAGAUGACCUGGUAUUGAACGAUGGCGUGUUGUGGGAUGUGCGCUCAGCUCAGGCCAUCCACAAGUUUGACAAGUUCAACAUGAACAUCAGUGGCGUUUUCCACCCCAAUGGCCUUGAGGUCAUCAUCAACACAGAAAUUUGGGAUCUGCGAACCUUCCACCUGCUUCACACAGUUCCUGCCCUGGACCAGUGCAGGACAGUCUUCAACAACAAUGGGACUGUCAUUUAUGGAGCAAUACUGCAGGCUGAUGAUGAAGACGACAUGAUGGAGGUGCAGAUGAAAAGUCCAUUUGGUUCAUCUUUCCGGACUUUCAAUGCCACAGACUACAAACCUAUUGCCACUAUUGACGUCAAGAAGAAUAUUUUUGAUCUGUGUACAGACUCUAAAGACUGCUACCUUGCUGUGAUCGAGAAUCAAGACUCCAAUAACACGGACACGGUCUGUCGGCUUUACGAAGUUGGCCGACAAAGGCUCGCGGAGGAGGAGGAGGAUGAGGAAGAUCAGGAGGAUGAUGAUCAGGAGGAAGACGACGACGAAGACGAUGACGACUCUGAUGACGAUGUUGAUACAGAUCCUCUUAUAGCAGAGCUUGAGAAUGAGAAUGGUGGAGAUGAGGACGACGAUGGAAAUGAUGAGUUCUCUCCUUCUGACGAGGAAGUGGCUCGCCUUCUCGAGGAGGAGCUAGAUGGAGGGGAUGAGGAGGAUGAUGAUGACGACGACAAUGACGAUGACUCUGACAAUGACGAUGCAGAACUGGAUGUCCCUCAAACAGACAGCUCCGACAACUCUGACCUUGAGGAUGACAUAAUUCUGUCCCUGAAUGAGUGA